AAAUUUAAACUCUUUUUAAAAAGUACGAGUUUAUUCAUAUAUUAGUUGCAAAAAUUAAACAACAUUGCCGGUAAAAAUACACUGUGUUAGAAAUUGUCUGACGUCAUAUUCAAAGGAAAAAAAAAAUGAAAAUUUCUGCCGCUUCCGCUGCUGCGCUCGCCAGCAAUGCAAAUAGUAGUAACGCGACCGCCGCACCGAUAGUACCUAAAACGGAACCAGAUCCAAUUGGCACCGAGGAUUCAAUGGAAUUUCAAACGCCCAAUAGCGCUUCAACUCCCAACGUCAGCAAGCGUCCUGCCUUCCUGGACCUCAACAAGAAGAAUAAGCGCGCCAUGGCACCUCUGCUCAUAGACUCACCCGAUGUACCUUUAAAAACACUCAACACGCCUGACCUUGAAAAAAUAUUACUCUCUGGGGGAUUGUUGCAAACGCCACAGCCGGGCACAGUAUUCCCCACGAAGGUGGGCCCCAUCACCUCGGAACAAGAGGCCUUUGGUAAGGGUUUCGAAGAAGCCCUUCAGAAUCUUCAUACCAGCAAAAACUCGCAGGCGUUUCUGGGCAACAAUACCAACGCUCCAACAGCUGCUAGCAAUCCAGCUCCUGUUGCCCCCGCCACGAUGACAGCCGUGAAUAAUGGCAUCAGUGGAGGGUUUACGUACACCAGCGUGGAUGGCUUUCCCGUCAUUAAGGACGAGCCACAGAACGCCGUGGCUUCCCCGACAGUCAGCCCUAUCGAUAUGGCAGACCAAGAAAAGAUUAAAUUGGAGCGCAAACGUCAACGGAAUCGCGUGGCAGCUUCGAAGUGUCGCAAACGUAAGCUGGAGCGCAUCUCAAAGCUGGAGGAUCGUGUGAAAAUGCUUAAGGGUGAGAACGCGGACCUAGCGGGUAUUGUGAAAACCCUGAAGGAUCACGUGGCCCAGCUGAAGCAACAGGUCAUGGAGCAUGUGGAGGCGGGAUGCGACGGCUUGCUAGCGGGCAAAUAACAUAAGGAUAAUACCGAGGAGACUGUGCAGCAGUUUAUGUCAAGUUUAAUAUCGGACGACAAUGAUACAGAAGCCGAGCCGGAGGAGGUAGAUGAGCAACAAGAUCAGGGGAUUGAGGAUGCCAUCGAAACGGCUGUGGAUGCGGAAAGCGGUGUCGUUCUGCUGUCGACAGUGCCCUUGGAACAAGAGAUUUCUUUAGAACUUUUACUUAAUGCAUCAUCGAAUACCUUCGACCUAGAUACACUUCCAA